CAAGCCACCGUCGGGCGGGCAUUCCUUUAAACUUGGCGUCAGUCUGGCAGGCACGAAGCAGAAAUGUCGGAGAAGUCGGAGGAACUGAUGGACUUUGAAGAAGAGGAGGUGGAGAACGCGUCCCAGUCUUCACAGGGGGAGGACGCAUCCCAGUCUUCCCCGGACCAUCGUGAAGUCUAUGGACAAGGUCUUCUUCGCGACAUCGAGGCGGACAGCCCCAAGGCUCUGGCUGCAGCUUACCGCUCGGGCAGCAUCACCCUCCAGGACAUUGUGGACGCGGCCCGCCUUUCCUCCCCUCACCCCCUUGCCGUCCCCACUGUUGAUUUUGACCUAGACGAGGAGGAGUUUGUGGACAUGUCUAACGAUGAAGCCGACGCGUGGACACAACUCCAGACCAUCUUCAGCCAGCGGCUGCAGGCUGAGCUCGACAAGGCAGCGGAGGACGCGGAGCAACGGGCCCGAGAAGAGGAGGCCGCUCAGAGGGCUCGGGAGCUAACAGCUCAGCGGGAGAGGGAGGAAGAAGCUGCGCGGGCCGUGCAACGGGAGCGGGAGCGCGAGGAAGCGGAGAGGCGCGCGAUAGAACAGCGGCGAGCGGCCAGGAGGCAACUAUACAACGACACGGUGAAGGCUCGCCACGAGUUCGAAGAGAGGAGGAAUCGUCUUCGCCCCGUCGAGACUUCGGCCGCUCAGCCCCCCCCCCCCCCUCCCGCCGUGUUGCCUGCCUCCUCUGCUCCUCGCCGGGUCGUCACCUCUCCGCGUUCGCCCAGCCCCGACGUGUCGCCGUCUCAGAAGGCAGCAUCGACGCAUCCACGACCUGCUACGAGCUUUGAGGUCACCCUCGACAACCCACGGUCAGCUGCCACAUCCCCGCUCUACUACCAAUUCCUUGCUGCCGACGUUGCCUUUCUCGGUCGCCCCCUCGAUACGCCAUCGGCAGACAUCUUCUUUCACCAAGAGGACGAACACGAGGCUCGCUGGAUAUUAUCGGCGGCACAGGGCACCGCCGGUACUGCCUUCCCGGACUCCAGGGNGAUCAAUCGGGAAGGACUCACGCUUCAGGCAGCAAGUUUCUCCCCGGCUUAA